GUCAACAACCCAUUUCUAUCUCAUUCUCGCAACCGAGCACGACUUGACUGCUCAUCCUCUGUUUUCGCGCGACAAUUGUAUCUAAUUUAUCUCAGUUGAAGAUCGGCUAGAGUCAAAAGCUGGUGUAUUUGAGGAGCAUGUACGUCUUUUGGAGGCUCAUUCUGGUGCUGCUCCUGACCACGGUGGGAUUGUGUUUCACGGUCAGGAUUGAAGCUGGCAGCAGUUGGACAGAUUCGGAAGAGCUCGUUCCGGGACAACAUCCACCGGUUGUGACAGCGCUUAAGGAUGACGAACAAUUACCUGUACAAUCACCGAAAAAGGGUGCCGCGGUGAAAGUGAAGCGUGAUACCGCUAAUGGUGAUUCGAGUUCAUCAUUCUGGAGCUGGCUCACCGGGCGGGAGAAUCCCGAUCCAUGCAUGAUGGCUUCGGUGGGAGGAGUCGUAGGAGGAGGUGCUCUGACGGGUGCCUUCGUGGGAGCUGGCAUUGGCAGCAUUUUCACUGGACCUGGAACCGUAAUCGGAGCUGUCGUCGGCGGAGUAGCAGGACUGUUUGGUGGAGUUAGUAUCGGUCACCGGGCUGGAGCAGCUGUGUGCGCUAAACCGUGUGUGGCUGUCGAUUACAGGGAUCAAUGCUAUCCCAAUAAAUAA